GAAAAAGAAAACUCCCAUCCGCGUUUACCUCCACUGUUUCUGUUUCAAGCUGGUUGAUAGUUCUCUUCCCUGUUCCCUCCUUUUUCUAUCUCUAUCUAUUCAUUAUCUCUGUCUGUCCAGCAGAAGGAGUUUCUGUCGUUGUGUUCAAUCUUUCAGACCUUUAAUUUCAGACAAUCUCUCAUGAGACUCUACUCGGAUCGAUGGACGAUAAUUCCCCGUCGUUUCUUGAUCUCCUAUUGUCAUUAGAAUCACGAAUGCUCAUUUCCAUUUCCAGAUCUCUGUUCGUCUUCUCUCACCGUCCUCCCUCCAUUCAUCCUCAGAAAACCUAACCCUGAACCCCGCAGAUCCAUGCUCUUCCUAUAGGAGGUUCGGCGACGUCUCCUCUGCCACGAGCUCCCUUCUUACAUAUUUGAGAGAAAAAAAUAGGGAAACCCAACCCUAGAGUUCAAUCUCUUAUCCAAUGAAGGCCUCGAACCGUUGGUUCACGAUCGGGCUCGUGACGGCGUGGUACUCGUCGAACAUCGGGGUUUUGUUGCUUAACAAGUACCUCCUCAGCAACUAUGGCUUCAAGUAUCCGAUCUUCCUUACAAUGUGCCACAUGACAGCUUGUUCGUUGCUCAGCUACGUUGCAAUUGCUUGGAUGAAGAUGGUUCCCAUGCAGACCAUCCGAUCCCGCGUCCAGUUCAUGAAGAUCGCUGCCCUUAGUCUUAUUUUCUGCGCCUCCGUUGUAAGUGGAAAUAUCUCGCUUAGAUUCCUUCCAGUGUCAUUCAACCAAGCAAUUGGUGCUACUACGCCAUUCUUUACAGCCGUAUUCGCCUACAUCAUGACGGUGAAGAGGGAGGCUUGGAUCACUUAUGUCACCCUCAUUCCUGUCGUUACUGGGGUGAUCAUCGCCAGCGGGGGUGAACCAAGUUUCCAUCUAUUUGGGUUUAUAAUGUGCGUUGGUGCUACGGCUGCAAGGGCACUCAAAUCAGUUCUUCAAGGGAUUUUGCUCUCUUCUGAAGGGGAAAAGCUGAAUUCUAUGAACCUCCUUCUCUACAUGGCUCCAAUAGCUGUUUUAUUCCUUCUUCCUGCAACACUUUUUAUGGAGGAAAAUGUGGUUGGAAUCACACUAGCGCUUGCAAGGGAUGAUGUCAAGAUCAUUUGGUAUCUUCUCUUCAAUUCUGCACUGGCAUAUUUUGUAAACUUGACCAAUUUCUUGGUCACUAAACACACCAGCGCUUUAACUCUUCAGGUGCUGGGGAAUGCAAAAGGGGCUGUGGCUGUGGUAGUAUCAAUUCUAAUCUUCAGAAAUCCCGUCUCAGUGACUGGAAUGCUUGGUUACACUCUCACAGUAUUUGGUGUAGUCCUUUACAGUGAAGCGAAGAAAAGGAACAAGUGAAACAUUUAUCCAGGAACACCGUGCAAGCACGUUUUCCUUCCUUUUUGUCUUUUUUUGAGAGAGCAGCGACAUUCUUAGCGGGAGAUUGGGACACAAGUUCUUGCAGGCCAUACAUUGUGCCCUCCAAAUUCUUUCUUCUUUUCUUGUUUUUCGGGGGAAGCCAGGAAGAGGGUUUCCGCCUGUAUCAACAGAAACCACUGCUUACCAAAAAAAAAAAACAGCAACCACCAGCUUAGACAAACGUAGGGAAUUCUCAAUAAAACGACUGAUUGGUCUGUCAUUUCUUCCCAUCUUGGGGUAAUGGAAGAAUGCUAUUCUUUGGGGUGCGGAAUUAAGUUGCAGCCCGAUCAGUGUGUUUUUAGUCUAUCAUCCCUUCAUUAAUUAAUGAAAGAUGUUGCGAUAAUUUUUAUUAUUAAUUUUUAUUUCUUAUUUUUUAUCCUUUUGCUCAGGUAUUGAAAACUCAGUCAUGUGGUAUAGGUGCUGUAAAAUGUUUCUAAAUAUGUAUAGGAGAGAAUACUUUUGUUCUUUGGAGGUUCUGAUAUAUGCAGUUACAUUUUCACUGUUCUGUUUAAA